CAGCCAUGUCAGCUUGUGAGCCCAAGACUAACGGGCACCAUCCAGCUCCACGACUCUCUGUUUCUUCCCGAACCACUGUGGUCGCCACCAUGGAAACCACCUCCCAGGACUCGCAGACAGUCAUGAAGUGGAAAACAGUGGUGGCCAUCUUUGUUGUGGUUGUAGCUUACCUGGUAACUGGAGGUCUUGUCUUCCGUGCCCUGGAGCAGCCUUUUGAAAGCAGCCAGAAAAAUACAAUAGCCUCAGAGAAGGCGGAUUUCCUUCGGGAGCACGUUUGUGUGACCCCAAUGGAGCUGGAGACUCUGAUUCAGCAUGCCAUUGAUGCAGAUAACGCAGGAGUCAGUCCCAUAGGAAACUCUUCUAACAACAGCAGUCACUGGGACCUUGGAAGUGCCUUUUUCUUUGCUGGAACAGUCAUCACAACCAUAGGGUAUGGGAACAUCGCCCCAAGCACUGAAGGAGGCAAAAUUUUCUGCAUUUUGUAUGCCAUCUUUGGGAUUCCACUCUUUGGCUUCUUGCUGGCUGGAAUUGGAGAUCAACUAGGAACCAUCUUUGGGAAAAGUAUCACAAGAGUGGAGAAAGUUUUCCGAAAAAAACAAGUGAGUCAGACAAAGAUCCGGGUGAUCUCCACUAUCCUCUUCAUCCUAGCAGGGUGCAUUGUCUUUGUGACCAUCCCUGCAGUCAUUUUCAAACAGAUUGAAGGAUGGACAGCCUUGGAGUCCAUUUACUUUGUGGUCAUCACUCUGACCACGGUUGGCUUUGGCGAUUUUGUAGCAGGGGGAAAUACUGAUAUCCAUUAUCGGGAGUGGUACAAGCCCUUAGUCUGGUUUUGGAUCCUCGUCGGCCUUGCCUACUUUGCUGCUGUCCUGAGUAUGAUUGGAGACUGGCUAAGAGUUCUAUCCAAGAAGACAAAAGAAGAGGUUGGUGAAAUAAAAGCCCACGCGGCUGAAUGGAAAGCCAACGUGACUGCUGAGUUCAGGGAAACCCGGAGGCGGCUCAGCGUGGAGAUCCAUGACAAGCUUCAGAGGGCAGCCACCAUUCGGAGCAUGGAACGUAGGCGCCUAGGGCUGGACCAGAGGGCCCACUCCCUGGAUAUGCUCUCUCCGGAAAAGCGCUCUGUCUUCGCUGCCUUGGAGACGGGACGCUUCAAGGCCUCAUCUCAGGAAAGCAUCAACAACAGACCUAACAACCUGCGCCUUAAAGGGACAGAACAGCUCAACAAGCAUGGGCAGGGGUCAUCUGAGGAUAACAUCAUCAACAAGUUUGGCUCCUCGUCCAAGCUGACCAAAAGGAAAAACAAAGACCUGAAAAAGUGCAUCCCCGAGGAUGUGCGGAAAAUUUAUGAGACCUUCCGACACCUCUCCUUGGAUGAAGAGAAGAAGGAAGAGGAGACUGAGAAGAUGUGUAACUCAGAGAACUCUUCUAGCACAGCUAUCCUGACUAAUUGUAUUCAGCAACACUUGGACCUGGAAAAUGGAACCAUCUCCAUUGAAACCAAAGAAAGGGAACAUGAAAACAAAACAUUACUUGAAGACAGAAAUUAAAUGUAAAAGAUGCUUGACUUUAAUUAACUUAUGUUAGUGUUUUUAUAUACAUACAUACAUAUAUAUAUAUAU